AUGACACUCAGCGAAGGUUUUCAUGGGAGCCAUGAAGGGAACAACAAUGCGGCGCAAAAUCUUCCAAAAAGCGCUGAAGUGCCAACACCAUAUGAAAUCCUAUCCAGGAGUCUCCACUUUGAGAACCGAGACCAGGAACAGUGGUGGAGAGAGACCGGUCCUAUUUUGGCUGACCUGCUGAUCGUGGCCGAACAUGCUCUGCCUGCGCUUGGACCUUAUUUUCCGCCAACUACCGAGCAACUUAAAUCCAUCAUUCCUAAUGGCGCAAAAGUCGAAGUGAGUGUCAACUUCCAAAAUGACACGUCGAUUGUUCGGUUUGAUCUUGAUCCGACCAGCCAUCUAGCGGGUACGGAACGAGACCCAUUCAAUAAGGCUAUGACGAGCCAAAUGCUUUCUAGACUGGAAGAGGCCAGCGAGAAAUUCGACAACUCAUUGUAUUAUCAUUUUCAUAAUGAGCUAUCUCUCUCUACGAAAGACAUUUCAAUUCUUCACGGGCAAGACACUGGACUUCCCAUAUCCCAAACUCUGGCUGCAUGGGAUUUGAAUGAGAGCAACUGUGUCCUAAAGAUGUAUUGGUUCACAUUGCUAAAGUCUGUCUCUACUGGCAUCCGCACCGGUAAACUGGUGCUGGAUGCCGUGGGCAAAGUGGGUAACACUCGGGAGUCAGGCGCAUAUGCUAUGCUUGAAGAUUAUUUGGUCGACAGUGGAUCCCGGGACAAGGCUUGCCUAGUGUCAUGGGAUUGUGUUGAUCCCAGUGUUGCCCGUCUCAAGAUAUACGUACUUGAGCCUGAAGUGUCCUGGACGAAAGUGGUGGACAUGUGGACCCUUGGGGGGCGACUGAAAAGCCCAGCAAUUCUAAAGGGUAUUGAGUUGCUCAAGCGCCUCUGGGACUACUUGGAAAUUCCUGAUGGAAGCCGCCCUACUUAUGACUGGGACCGCCCCAAGCAGGGCGAGGGGAGAGGAGCAAUGAUGGUCAACUGGGAAUUACAUCCAGGCGCGUCAGAACCCGAGCCCAAUGUUUACAUCGCCGUAGUUGGAGAAAAAGAUUUGCAGGUGGCACAAGGCUUAUCGAAAUUCUUUAACCACGUUGGAUGGACCAGGCUAGCGCGCUCUUAUGUCCCAAGCCUUUGCUCAAUCUUGUUGACAUGUCCCCAAACAUAA